AUGCCCGUGACAGUGACCGUGACAGGUCCACCGGGUCCGAUGCAAGGCGAUCGGAUUAAGCUGCGGCUGCGGCAUCCCUGGAUCCAGACGGGAGCCCUGAUCUGGUGCGCCAUCGUGUACGAGGCCACGGCCGGUCUACAGAAUGUCCUGUCGGAAAACAAGUCUGUGCAGGUACCUAUCCUCUCCCAGCCAGAGGAUGAAACCAGCCAUCUAUCUCUUCUCCUACUUGAAUUCGAGCCUCUACCCCUAGGAUCCGUAAAGGCCCGAGGCUGGCUGCAAGACCAGCUAGAGCUCAUGGCCGACGGUCUCCCCAGGCACGAGCACGACUUCUACCGAAUCGUCAAAGACAACCCCUGGCUCGGAGGUGACCAGGACCACAGUGCUCGUCUUAUCGCACCAACAGGUCGACGGAUGGCUGGGCCCCGAGACCAACCUGUCCACGCGAAACUUCUGGGCACGGUACCUGAUGCUGAUGGGCUUGAUCCAACUGGCCGAAGUCGAGGCCGGGACCGAUCUCCAGACGCGCAUCUUCGACUCCAUCCACCGGUUCAUCGACCUGAUGCACUCCGAAUCACCCCGCGCGCCAACGACACCAUCUCCAUCUACCACGGCGCCCUCCUCUACGCCAUCCCAAUCACAUACAACCUCACCUCCUCGCGCGUGCCGGGGUACGACUCCGCGCCGCCGAACGUGCUCAACCGCGACCUUGUCCCCAUCAGCCUGUGGGCCUACGCCAUCGACCCAUCAACGCUACGCUUCACCGGCAUGGAGGAUGAAAAUGAAAGUGGGCUACAGAAUCCGGUGUGGACACUCGGCGCGCCGACAAGCGUGAGAGCGCGGGUGUGCGAGAUCGACUGGCCAAUGGUAGAUGGGUAUGCGGCAAACCCGCCGUUGAAGGGGGAGAGACGCUGCGUGGGGAGACCGUUUCACUUGGAUCUGGUGCCGUAUGGGUCGGCGAAGUUGCAUAUGGCGGAGUUGCCGGUUAUGAGCUUGGGGGGUUAG